AUGGCAGGAAACAGCGUUGCCUUGAGCAGUCUGUGGAUAUCAUUCUAUUUCCUGCUCAACCUCUUCGUGACCCUCACGAGCAAGCACGUUCAGUCUCAUAUGCAAAGUGCCUGGCUACUCGCCGCGUCUCACGCAAUCUUCACUUUCAUCGUAACGAGCCUACUCUCGUGGUCUGGAGUAGACACAUCCGACUCCGACUCCGGCGGGUUCACAAGGAGAGAUGGCAACGGAAGAGACGAUAGAGAUGAUAUGGACAAUGGUCACCAGGACCGCCAUGAAUCUGGAUACAAGCUACGCAGGCACCUCCUCGACAAUCUCCAUAUCCUCGGCCUUUUCUCCCUCCUCUACACGCUGAACAUCGUGGUGUCGAACUGGACCCUUGGUCUCGUGAGUCUGACGAUGCACCAGACCAUUCGUGCCAUUGUCCCUGCCCUGACUGUCCUCUUGUCCAUCACGGCACUCAGACGGUCCUGGAGAGAAUAUUCAUCAGGAGUUUAUGGCGCCAUCACAUUGACGAUCUGUGGUGUCAUGCUGGCGGUCAAUGCGGCGCCUUUAACGGGAACCGACAACAACAACACCUCGUCAAGGACAAAUGCCUUUGGCUUCGCGUGGACUGUGUUGGGGGCAACCCUGGCCGUGGCCAAGACCAUCGCAGCAAACCACUUGCAACAGCCUCGACGUAGGAACAGUUGGGGCCUGGGUCUCUCGUCCUCGGCGCUCGUGCGGUAUUGUUCUCUAUGUUCGAUGAUCAUCACAAUCGUCGUGGGAAGCUGGACCGGCGAAAUGAGAGCGCUGAUGGCCACCACAGUGAGAUCGACUUCAUCUUGGAAUCAACCCUCAUGGCUGCUGUGGUUCUGGCUAUGGAACGCCCUGGCGACAUCGUUCUUGAACAUCGCCUCCUUCGAGGCCAACAAGAGAUGUGGCCCGCUGAGCAUGGGCGUGGCCAGUAACCUGAAGCAGGUCGUCAUCUUACUCUUCGACCUGUCUCCUGCGACAAUGCAGAGUGACGGAGGUGGACGCGCAGGUGGAGCGGCAGCGCCACGGCCUGGGUCAGGGCCAGGCGGUGGAGUUAUCCUUGGAUCUCUCAUGACCAUGAUCGGCGGUAUCUGGUAUGCUUUUGCAAAGGCAGAAAUGGACAGGAGGAGGCGGAGACGACGUUCCACGGAGAACGGAGGCUGA